AUUUCCCCAUCUUAUCUUUUACAUAAACACUGACAUCCCAUUCUAACACCUUCAGAAGCCCAUCAUCCGCCAACAUUACCAACAACAACCAAUCAUUAGCCCGCAUGGCUCAGUGGUAGAGCGUGUCACUAGUAAUGACAAGGUCGUCAGUUCAAUUCUGGCUGUGGGCAUCUAGACUUGCUUUUUGGAACUCCAUUUUUGACGACUCCAUCUUCAUGCUGUGGUGGAGUCUGUGGUUCAGGAAGGUUACAUCUUUGUGCGGCUCUAGCUACUGUCGGUUAGGGUUGAGCGAGUGGCCCUAAAUAGAGGUAAAGACUACCUGCGCCGUGUUCUUACUUUCCCUACACCGUGCACGAUGCAGGUAACCUCCGAUUGGGCUCGGGGCCAAACUGGAUGGCUCCGAGUGCACUCGGUAGGUCACCUCAGAAUUCGCAACGGACUCCGGUGCCAGGUGUAACGGUCUCUGUUAGUCUCCGACAGCGGUACGUCCGUAGCACGACAGGUUCAUUCGCCGCGCGGUGAGCUCGGUCCGGCCAACAACGGAGGGAAUUGAGUCCAGGAUGGUAUAAGUAAGUCCCCCAUCCACACCUUUCUUUUGCUCGAGUAUCUUGAUCAACACACAGUCACUCAAUCAUUUCACCAACGACAUCAACGCUUCCAUCAAGACCAAGAUGUCCCCCAAAACCCUCCGCAUCGGCGUCCUCCUCGAGCUAGUCCAGCUCUCCGACAUCAUGGGCAUCGAUCUCUUCGGCAACCUCUCGGCCAGCUACUUGAACCAGGUCCUUCCUCUCGACCCAAAGUUUGGAGUCUUUACCCCUCACGCAAUGAACAUUGAGUUCUUUUACAUCGCCUCCUCCCUCGAACCGGCAACCACCACGCCCCCCAACGCCUCCCUGCCAAACUCCAUCGGUGGGUUCAGAUUCUUGCCCAAUGUGACCUAUGAUGACUGUCCGAGGGACCUUGACAUCAUCCUCAUUGGCGGCCCGCUGCCCACCCAUAGACCUGAAGCAGCGGACAGGUUCAUGAAGGAGGCCUGGGGCAAGACGAGGGUGUGGAUGACGACUUGCAUUGGGAGCUUGUGGCUGGCUUCCACUGGGUUGUUGGAGGGGAAGAAGGUGACGACCAACAAGGAGUUUUUGCCAGUGGCGCGAGCGGGAUUUCCCGGCACCGAGUGGGUUUACCAAAGGUGGGUGGUGGAUGAGAAGCCUUAUGAGGGGGGGGAUGGCAAGGGGGAGCUCUGGACAGCGGGAGGGGCGGGGGCUGGUAUCGACAUGAUUGCGAGGUAUUGUCUGGACAACUUUGACAAGGAGUUUGUCAACAUUAUGGCGCUUGAGGGGUUGGAGUUUAAUCCUGGAGGGCAGGCUGGCCAGUUUUACCCCGUCAAAGAAGGUGAGAGGAGGGUUAUUGUGUGAGAGUUGGUCGUAAGAGUUAUCUUUAGAUUAAGGUUUUGCCAUGUAAACAAGAUUCUGUCUCUUUGUGCUGAGUAGAGGUGAAAGCAGCUGGCAGUACAAAAAUAAAAGGGCAGCAAAUGCAAGAGAGCAUAGGCAGGUACAUAUACGUAGGCUAGCGAGUAAUACCCUUAUCUUUGUUG